AUGCCCGCACCUAUCACAGCCCCAGCCUUUGCGCCACUGAAGGACACGGCUCUGUUCAAGCCACUCCAGCUGGGCAAGCUUUCUUUGAGCCACCGCAUGGUGCUGGCUCCCCUGACGCGCAUGCGCGCGCAAAAGGAGAGCGAUGGCGUUUUUGUGCCGCACGAGUUGAACGUCGAGUAUUACAAGCAGCGUGCCAGCAAAGGUGGUCUGCUCCUGACUGAAGCCACCGAUAUCUGCCACUACGCUGGCGGUUACCCCGGAGUACCCGGCGUCUUCACAGCCUCGCAGCUGGCCGGCUGGAAGAAGGUGACGGACGCAGUGCACGCGAAGGGUGGCUACAUCUUCUGCCAACUCUGGCAUACCGGACGCGCCUCGCCACCCUCGUUCCGCGCCGGUGCGCAACCCCCUAGCAGCAGCGACAUUCCCAUCUCCGGCAACGCGCUCGACGGUACUGCCUACGCCGACAACCCGCCGCGGCCGCUCACCGUCGACGAGAUCCACGCGCUGACGGCUGAGUGGGCGGCGGCGGCGAAGCGUGCGGUUGAAGAGGCGGGCUUUGACGGCGUCGAAAUUCACGGAGCGAACGGCUACUUGCUGGACCAGUUCCUGCACGACAACGUCAACCGACGCACCGACGCCUAUGGUGGCAGUGUCGAGAACCGGUGCCGCUUCCCGCUCGAGGUUAUCGCAGCCGUCGCGGCGGCCAUUGGCGGCGAGCGCACGGGAAUCCGCCUGUCGCCGUACAACUACUUCCAGGACACCAAGGACAGCAACCCUAACGCGCACUGGGCCUACCUCUGCAACAAGAUCGCGCAGCUGCCGGAGAAGCCGGCGUACGUGCACAUGGUCGAGCCGCGCUUCGACGAGGUGCUGGACGAGCAGGGCAAGCUGGACGCGCUGGCGGCCUACACGGCGCAUGAAGAGAACGGGGUCGAGGCGGAGGCGACGGCGCCUGCGAAGAAGGUGCCCAACAGCCUCGUGCCGUUCCGUCGCAUCCUGGCCAAGGGCGGGGUCCGCUUCCUGACGGCGGGUGGCUUCAACCGCGAGAAUGCGGCGCCUGUGGUCGAGGCCGACGACGCUGACUGCGUUAUCUUCGGUCGGUGGUUCAUCGCCAAUCCCGAUCUGCCGCGCAGGUUGGAGGAGGGGCUGCCGCUGAACCAGUACGAUCGCAGCACCUUUUACGGCGCGGAUCCGCCCAAGAAGGGCUACGUGGAUUAUCCGUUCUUUGAGGAGGCGUCGGCAUAG